GAUACCCCUAAUCCUGCCUCACCGCUUGUUAUCCCUGCCCUGUGCCUGGACUGCUCUUUCCCUCUGAAGCCCCCCAGCUUUAGCCUCUAUCCCUGCACCAUAUCAACCGAGGUAGACUCCCUUAAUACAACACUGCUUUUUCUCUUAUUAUCUUGAAAGAAGGAGAGAACAAUUGCUUGGGCUCUUUGCUCUGUUGGAUAGAAGGCUAAGAAGAACAAGCAACAAUGUCCACCAGCGAGCGUUUCGACUGCCAUUACUGCAAGGACUCUCUGCUGGGGAAAAAGUACAUAAUGAAAGAGGACACGCAGUACUGCACAAAGUGCUACGAGAACCUGUUUGCCAACUGCUGUGAGGAAUGCUCUUUAGCGAUUGGCUGUAACUGCAAGGACCUGUCCUAUAAGGAUCGCCACUGGCACGAUCAGUGCUUCAAAUGUGCCAAGUGCAGCCGCUCGCUGGUGGAAAAGGCCUUUGCCGCCAAGGAUGAUUUGUUACUGUGCACCGAAUGCUACGCCAAUGACUAUUCCUCCAAGUGUUCCACCUGCAGCAAGACCAUCAUGCCAGGUUCCCGCAAAAUGGAAUACAAGGGGAACAGCUGGCAUGAGACCUGCUUCCUGUGCCACCGCUGCCAGCAGCCAAUAGGAACCAAGUCCUUCAUCCCCAAAGACACCGGCUACUUCUGUGUGCCCUGCUUCGAGAAGCAGUUUGCCUACCAGUGCUGUGCCUGCAAGAAGGCCAUCACGACAGGUGGAGUGACCUACCAAGAGAAGCCCUGGCACCGCGAGUGCUUCCUAUGCAUCGGCUGUAGAAAGCAGCUGUCGGGUCAGCGCUUCACCUCCAGGGAGAACUACCCCUACUGCCUCGAAUGCUUCAGCAACCUGUAUGCAAAGAAGUGUGUGGGCUGCACCAAGCCCAUCACCAGUCUGGCAGGGGCCAAGUACAUCUCGUUUGAGGAGCGCCAGUGGCACAGCGAGUGUUUCACCUGCAUGCAGUGCUCCAUGUCACUGGUGGGACGCGGCUUCCUCACCAAGCGCGACAACAUCUUGUGCACCGACUGCGGCAGGGAGAAGUGAUCUUUCCAUGAGGGGUCACAGCUUAAGCUGAAUAACAACAGGGCUUCAUACUCUGAUACAAAUAAUGCAGAUUCAUGAAUAUUUCUUCUUAGCAUGUCUGGUGCAUAAACAAACUCUGAAUGUCAAAUGUUUGGUGUUAUAAAUGAACAUUAGCUUCACACACACUGCACACGCAACAGACCUGAUAAACAUGUAUCUGUAAGGUCAUGGUGCCAUAUGUGCGAUUGUUGAUGAAUGUGUGCUUUGUUUCUUUUUUUCUCUCAUACUUUUACUUUUGACAAGGAAACAUUUUCUGUAGUAGCUGUCAGCCACUAGUCAAUUAAUGGAUUGACAUAAAAUAAAUUCUAUUUUGAUAAUUGAUUAAUUACUUUUCAAGCCAGCCAAAAGUUCCAGCUUUUCUGGAGAUAUGAUUUGAUACUCUUCUGUGUGAAGAUGUCACUCUGGGAAAAAAAUAAGUUUUUCAGUAUUUUCGGACAUUUCAUGGACAAAAAGAUUAACUGUGAAACUAUUCAGCAGAUGGUUUUAGAAAAUAAACCAUCAUGGAAAUAUUUUCUGACUUUCAUUAUACAUUCAUAUAUUUCUAUUAUGAUUUGUUCUGAUCGUGUAGAGGGAAAAAAUUGUCAAAUAUGCAUGAUUUAUGCUUCUUUUAUGUGAAAUACUUAACAUACUAAAGGUCACUCAAAUAAAGACCUUUCUAUCAUGCUGA